AUGGCGGAGCAGAUGAGCGCAGAACAAAUCAAGUCCAUAGAGGAGCUAGUUUCUUUCCUUUCACACCCACGACCAGAGCUUCGCAAGUCAUCAUCAAGUCUGAUUGUCAACAUGACGGCAUCAGACCAAGGCAUUUAUCAGUUGCAGCAGUUGAAAAAUUUCGAUGUUGUGCAAGCACUCUGCCGAGUCGUCAGUGACAUGCGUCCCAUCGCUGAGGAUGGUAUUAAGGCACUUAUAAAUAUCACAGCAGCUGAUCCAGCUUCUUGCGAGCGCGUACUCAAAUAUGAUUUAUUGAAUCGUGUCAUGACUCAAGUUGAGGACGACGAUUGGUGCCUUACCGACUAUUCUAUGAUGCUACUGGCCAACGUGACUACGACACCUGAAGGUGCUAAAGCGUUGCUUGGGUACAAUGACGAAGCAACAGAUGCAAUAUUAGCUUUGCGCGAGAAGAAGAUUCGUACACUAACCACCUUGUUUUUAAGCGGACAACCAGAGCCCGAUGGAAUUGCCUGUAGCACAGGUGAGCCCAAUUGGGAUGACGAUUAUCAGUACGUAGCGAACAUACUCGCCAACAUUAGUCAGCUCGAACAGGGUCGAGACUUUUUGCUUAAAAUGCGUCAAAAUACGUCACUCGCAAGCGCACUUUUGCCGCAACUUCAAUCGCCCAAUGUAGUUCGUCGAAGGGGUAUCACGGCUGCGCUUAAGAAUUUGUGCUUUGAUACAGACAAUCACUUUUACCUAUAUGACCAGUUAGACAUUCCUACGCAUUUGAUGGUCCUACUCUCCGGUCCUGAAGAACUCGACGAAGACGAUAAAAUCGGCAUGAAUCCGAUUGUAUACAAUCAGGGCGAUAAGAAAAAACGUGAAUAUGACCGACUCGUUCGCCUCAAUGCCGUGGACUGUCUGUUGCUGUUGUGCACGACACUAAAUGGCCGUCAAGUUUUGCGUCGAAAACAAGUUUAUCCAAUCAUUCGCAAUGCUCACUUGGUUGAGUCCGAUGAGGAGAUUGGCGACCAAAUCUACAAGCUUGUUGACUUUUUAAUUCGUGAUGAAGAAGGCGAGGAGCCUAAUUGGGACGAUGUUCGUACAAAGUCAUUUGCCGAUGAGAUUGCCGAAAUUGCGCCACCAAAUUCUGCAGCUCAGACACACACGACCCCUACAAAGACAAAUAUUGAGUCUGGAACGGAACUUGAGUUCAAAAGGUCAAAACUGAUUGACAAGAGCUUCAUCAAAGCGUCUGCGACACUUCCCAAUAGUGGAGAAGACGAACAAUUGACAGACGAUGUUGCUGAUAAAUUCGCUGACGAAAUUUUGGCAUUAGAUGUGAGUAGCGACGAAGAAGAGGAAAACGUUGGUGUAGACUAA